CCAGCAUCCUGCGUUUUCUCUGGGUCCCACCAUGCCAGCUACCACUGCCUCCAUUCCUCACCCCUCUCCUUUCUUCUUCUUCUCCUUCUUCUGCUUCUUCUUAUUGUACUUUUUUUCACUAUCUAGUUUCGUCUUCGCUGGAGGGAGGAAGGAAUGAACGAAUGAAUGAACAGCAAUGCCCGAUCAGUCGAGCGGCGCCGCAAUGAACGACCAGCUCUCCAACCCCACCUCCAUAUUUGGUCUCCGUCUCUGGGUGGUGCUCGGCGUGUGUGUCGGCGCCGCCAUCGUCCUCAUCCUCUUCCUUAUCUCCGUCUGGGUGGCCUUCAAGCGCUCCAAAGCCAACCCCGUUUCCAUCCCCGACGUCUCCAAGGAGAUCCAAGAAAUAAGGGUCGACCACGCCCCCACCCCCAACCCGACCCACCAACCCGACCCUUUUCCCGAACCUGACCCAGUUCCGCCCACCGAGGAAGAAACCAACCCUCUCAGCUACCAGAGAAUCCAGUUCGAGAUUGGGAAGAACCACCGAAUCUCCUACCCCGAACGUGCCUUGCUUCGCUCAUCUUCCAACGACCCCGCCGGUGCUGAGCCUCGCCUCCUCGAUCAGGUUCCCACCGUCAUUCCCGAAGUUUCUCACUUGGGCUGGGGCCACUGGUACACUCUCCGAGAGCUUGAGGAUUCCACCAACGCCUUCGCCCCUGAGAAUGUUAUUGGCGAAGGAGGUUAUGGAAUUGUUUACCACGGUAUCUUGAACGACAAUACUCAUGUUGCCAUCAAGAACUUGCUCAAUAAUAGGGGGCAAGCUGAGAAGGAAUUUAAGGUUGAAGUGGAAGCUAUAGGACGGGUUCGCCACAAGAAUUUAGUCAGGUUGCUUGGUUAUUGUGCUGAAGGAGCUCAUAGAAUGCUUGUUUAUGAGUAUGUCGACAAUGGUAACUUGGAGCAGUGGCUACAUGGGGAUGUUGGGCCUUACAGUCCUCUAACAUGGGAAAUUCGGAUGAACAUUAUUCUGGGAACGGCUAAAGGGCUAACUUAUUUACAUGAGGGGUUGGAACCAAAAGUUGUUCAUCGUGAUAUUAAAUCAAGCAACAUUUUGCUCAGUAAGCAGUGGAAUGCAAAGGUGUCAGACUUUGGCCUCGCCAAACUCCUUGGCUCUGACAACAGUUAUAUCACCACCCGUGUCAUGGGUACUUUUGGAUAUGUUGCUCCUGAAUAUGCAAGUACUGGCAUGUUGAAUGAACGAAGUGAUGUUUAUAGUUUUGGAAUUCUGAUCAUGGAAGUUCUUACAGGAAGGAACCCUGUUGAUUAUAGUCGGCCUCCAGAAGAGGUGAAUUUGGUAGACUGGCUGAAGAAGAUGGUCAGUAACAGGAACCCAGAGGGGGUGCUGGAUCCCAAGCUUCCCGAGAAACCAACUUCAAGGGCAUUAAAACGAGCCCUUCUUGUAGCCUUACGUUGCACUGAUCCUAAUGCACAGAAGCGACCUAAAAUGGGGCAUGUGAUACACAUGCUUGAAGCUGAAGAUUCCCCUUACAAAGAGGAUCGCAGAGCUAGAAAGGAUGCAGGACAUUCACCCAAUGACAGAGUAGGGGAUGGGUUGAAAGAGGAGGCAGAUGUAUCAGUUGAUGAUCCCAAGCUUGAGACAAGAACGAACCCUCAAAUAGAAAAGCAAUAAAUUUGCUUAGCUGUCUCUUUAAUGACCCUAAAACUUUGGCUCCCUUUACAACCUGUCAUUGUUGAAGGCCAAACAAUCUGCAUCCAUCUGGCAUAAAUUACUUCAUACAUUGCUCUACAUUGUUUGCUCCUUCUAUACCUCAGCUUUUAUAACUCAUUCAGAUUUCUCUGCAUUCUAAGAGAUUAUUGUAGCUAGAGGUGAUGCUCAUGUAAAUUAUAUAGCCAUAUUGUUCUAUUCACCCAAUAAAACAUUAUUAUGAAUGGUUGGAUAUCA